AUGGCGGCCUCCUGUCGCGGGGCCGCUCGGCACCUUCCCGGCCGCCCGGUCCUGCCCGCCGGGGCCCGGGUGCUGCGCGUCGCCCUCGGGCUGCUGUGCUGGGCCCCGGCGGCUGUGGGCGCCGUGCCCGAGCUCGGGCUCUGGACAGAGACGGUCACCGAAAAAUCAGGACCUUUGAUAUUUAAGAAAACUAUGUUUAACUCCACUGAGAUCAAGUUUUCUGUGAAGUCGUUCAGCUGUCCCCGGCCUGUGAAGUUCACCAUAGAGUGGUAUUUGAAGUAUCAUACGUGUCACAAUGAACAGUCCAAGCUGGAAGAGCUGGCCCGGGAACAUGAAGACUUUUGUAGUUAUUUCAAGAACGUUGACUGUUGGACUGCAAAAUAUGAAAACUUGGAUUGCAGUAGUGAUUUGCAAGUGUUCCCCUCACUGAAUAAUAAAGAGCUAGCAACAAAUGUCAGAAAUAUUUCAAGCCAGGAAGGAUCAAUGGAUGUUGUGGCCAGAACACAGAGAGAUGGAUUUCAUAUCUUUAUUGUGUCUAUUAAAACAGAAAAAGUAGAUGCGAGCUGGAAUUUGAAUGUGUCUCUCUCCAUGGUGGGGCCCCACGGGUAUAUCUCUGCAUCAGAUUGGCCUCUCAUGAUUUUCUACAUGGUGAUGUGCAUUGUUUACAUAUUGUACGGUGUUCUCUGGCUGAUGUGGUCUGCGUGUUAUUGGAAAGACAUAUUAAGGAUCCAGUUCUGGAUUGCAGCCGUUAUUUUCCUAGGAAUGCUUGAAAAGGCAGUUUUUUAUACUGAAUACCAAAACAUCAACAGCACCGGCCUAUCAACCCAAGGUCUGUUGAUCUUUGCGGAGCUGAUAUCUGCGGUGAAGAGGACGCUGGCUCGCCUCCUGGUGAUCAUUGUGAGCUUGGGCUAUGGCAUUGUGAAGCCUCGCUUAGGAGCAGUCAUGCACCGGGUGAUCGGACUGGGGCUGCUGUACUUCAUCUUCGCAGCUAUUGAAGGCGUGAUGAGAGUCAUCGGGGGUUCUAACCAUUUGUCUGUUUUUGUGGGUGACAUUGUUUUAGCAAUUAUUGACUCCAUUUUUAUAUGGUUCAUUUUUAUAAGUCUGGCACAAACCAUGAAGACCCUCAGGCUAAGAAAGAACACUGUAAAAUUUUCGUUGUACAGACACUUUACAAACACUCUGAUCUUUGCUGUGCUGGCUUCUAUAGUAUUUAUGAUAUGGACAACUAAGACAUUUAGAAUCGCAAAAUGCCAAUCAGAUUGGAUGGAACGCUGGGUUGAUGAUGCCUUUUGGAGCUUCCUUUUUUCGCUUAUCCUUCUUGUAAUCAUGUUUUUGUGGAGGCCAUCAGCAAAUAAUCAGAGAUAUGCCUUCAUGCCCUUAAUUGAUGACUCUGAUGAUGAAGUUGAAGAAUUCAUGGUAACAUCUGAAAAUUUAACUGAAGGAAUAAAAUUGAGAGCCUCAAAAACAGUCUCUAAUGGAACAGCUAAGCCAGCUACUGCCGAUAAUUUUGAUGAAGAUUUGAAGUGGGUAGAAGAAAACAUUCCGUCUUCAUUCACAGACGUAGCCCUUCCAGUGUUAGUGGAUUCGGAUGAGGAAAUCAUGACCAGAUCUGAAAUGGCUGAAAAAAUGUUUUCUUCAGAGAAAAUAAUGUGAUUGGCCUGAUAGCCAGUGAGGACGUGAUCGGGACAGAGCGAGAGCCUUACGCAUGCAGCAGGCGCGGUGUUGUGGUGUUGCCUGGGAAAUCUGCAAGCAUCCUGGUGGUGGGAGGGCCCUGCAACCCUUUAAAAGCCCACUCUCAAGUGUCCACUUCCUAUGCAGUAAAUUAACUGGGUGUGGAACUAAGAGCGCUGCUCGGGUGCAGGGAUCCGCACAGUGCCUUUAGGCAGCGGAAGCAGGCCUGUGGAGAGGGGUCUCAGGCUUUUCUCUGGAAACACACUUGCGGUCUCAGCCGUUGCUUCUAGCCCCUUCUUUGCUCCCACUCACCUUUGACACCCUCUCAGUCCAUGUCCCCAGGCUGUCUGCUUGCGAGGUGCAGUGAUGAUUUUCUGCUACUUUUAUACUGAAGUGAUUAAGCAUUGAAACACAAGCAUGUUUCUGUAUUUAAUUUUGCCUUUUUUUUUUUUUUUUGGUCUGGACAAAGCCUUGUUUGUAAAUAUGGGUAGGUGCGUUCAGGCGUGGAAUUGGAUCUUCUCUGUGCCCAGGGGAGUGCAGGUGCACAGGGAGAGAGACCCGGAGGUCAUCUCCCAAGGCUCGCUCUGCCUUGUCCCCUCAGCCAGGCCGUGUGCACAGCUGCUGCCGCUCAUCCUGCCGGGGGCAGGUGCAGGGUGCCAGGCCUCCUGGCUUCCCCAAGCGCUCCCACCCAGCACACGGGAGAGGCACCACCAGGGAAUCUUGUGGAAACUAGAACUGUAUCUUUUACAAAAUCUCAGCAUAGUCUGUUUAUAAUAAAAAGAAAUAUUUAACAGCAAA